AGAGACAUGAAAGGUGUUUCUGUAACUAUGGCCUCUAAAAACAUUAAAUUAUUUUUUUUUGGAAACAUUAUUUCUAAAAUUAGAGUUUAAUUCCUGCCUCGUUAUGUUUUUAAUAAAAUAGAAAAUGAUACUAAGAAGAACUAUUAUGUCGGCUACGUCUAGAUUAAAAGAGGGCAAGUCAUUGCUAACAGACACAGCCACAGCUAGAAAUUCAACCAAUGGUAACACAAAGGCUCAAAUUAGAGCAUUUCAAUCCAAGAGUAGCCCAAUAUAUAAAACCCAGUCUGAAAUAUCGUUAGUUUCAGGUUUCAGAAAUCUGGGUAUCAGAGAAAAACCAAAACAAUCAACAAAUAACAAACACCCUACAACCAGGAGAGGAUUUUGUACGGGAAACAGCGGAAGAUUAAAUAUUCGUAGUUUACAAGAUGUAGCGAAUAUAUUUAAAGAUAAUCAGAUACAGAAUGUAGUAGUUGUAGCAGGUGCUGGUAUUAGUACACCAAGUGGUAUACCGGAUUUCAGAACUCCAGGUACUGGUUUAUACGAUAAUCUACAGCAGUAUCGGAUACCCUACCCAGAGGCCAUAUUUGAUAUCGACUACUUCCACAGAAACCCAAAACCUUUCUUCACACUAGCUAAAGAAUUGUUUCCCAGUUUAGGCAAUUACAGACCCAACUAUAUCCAUUAUUUUGUUCGAGUUUUAUACGAGAAGGGAUUAUUACUACGCAUGUACACACAGAAUAUUGAUGGCCUAGAAAGAUUAGCAGGAAUACCAGCCAGUAAACUAGUAGAAGCACAUGGUACGUUUGCUACUGCUACUUGUACUUUAUGUGGAUAUAAAUGUGAUGGUGAUGACAUCAAGGAUAGAAUAUUAGAUGAUAAAAUACCAAAAUGUAAGAAGACAUCUUGUUCUGGAAUGGUUAAACCUGAUAUAGUGUUUUUUGGUGAAGACUUACCUCGUAAAUUUUACUACCAUUUAAGAGAUAUGUUACAAGCUGAUAUAGUCCUGGUGAUGGGAACAUCUUUAGAGGUUCAACCGUUUGCUGGUAUAAUAGAUUCCGUAAGAUGGCAGGUACCUAGAAUAUUGUUUAAUAGAGAUGUUGUUGGUCCAUUUAGACAUCAUCGUAGAACUAAAGAUGUUGUAGCUGAAGGAGAUAUUUUACAAACUAUGCAGAAGUUUGCAACAAUGAUUGGUUGGUCAGAUGAAAUGGUAGAAAUUAUAACCCAAUCAGAAGGUAGCUAUAAUGUGGGUACUGUCACGAUUCCUACAACAACAACGACAGACAAUAAACAAACGAAAGAAAAAGAUGUCAUCAAAGAUCCUUUCGUCAACGCAAUCUGGAGACAAAAUGCCACAUUUAAUUCAUUUAAUUACGCUAGUUCCGAUUCGGAGACAGGAAGUGAAUCAAGUACAAGUGAAAGUGAAUCAUCAGAGGAUGAAAGACCCCGACCUAUCCGACCUCUACGACAAAUUAAUAGUAGACUUUAUAAUAAUACUAAAAAUAGUGCUCCAACGAAACCGUUUUUACGCAGAGGUUCUUCACAGAAUUUAUCAACUACAUCAAACAAACCUAGUGUUCGUAACAACAAAUCCAAUCCUCCUGUUAAAAAGGAUCGACCCUCUCAUGUUCCCAUUAUCAAAGAAAAAAGAAACGUUUCACCAGCCAAAGAUCGGUUAUCGGCCACCGGAAGUAAACCUCUCCGACCCACCAGUGAACGUUUCAGAAUAAUACAAGCUAAACCACCCAUACCGAACUUUGCGAAAACAAGUCCCCCAAAACGUUCAGACAUUGUAGGGAGUCGUUUAACUCCAAGUACUUCCCCUAAAUUGGAUGUUCCAAAGGAAAGUGGUUCUCAGAGAGUUAAAAACAGUAACACUCAUGUCUCAUCAGUGCAAGUAUUUCGAACAUUACUUAAUCGUAGUGGUUCAGCUGAUCUACCAAAGUUACGAUUACGUGAGAAACUGGGGGCUAGAAAGAUCGUGGAAAGUUCAAGUAGUGAGUCGGUCAAUGGUACAUCAGGAUCCGGGUCUUGAUGUUUGUUUCACAUUUAGGCUCACGAAAUAUAUUGAUAUAUACGUUGCAAUACUGAACUUAUAUCAUCAUAUCACGAAAUAUAUUGAUAUAUACGUUGCAAUACUAAAUUUAUAUCAUAUCACGAAUAGAAAUCUUUAAUCUGAUUAAAACACAGAUCUUAUUUCAUUUCGUUUCUUAUUGUUCAAUGAAAUAUAGAUCUGUAUUUUAAUAACAUUGAUAAAUCUUGACAUUAUUUAAAUCUGUGAUUAUAUUAUUCAAACUUGUGUUUUUUCAAUAGUUGAUAUAAUUAUAUCACUGUGGCUUCAAUAGUUGAUAUUAUUAUACCACUGUGGGUUCAAUAGUUGAUAUAAUUAUACCACAGUGGUUUCAAUAGUUGAUAUAAUUAUACCACAGUGGUUUCAAUAGUUGAUAUUAUUAUACCACAGUGGUUUCAAUAGUUUAUAUUGUUAUACCGCAGUGGUUUCAAUAGUUGAUAUUAUUAUACCACAGUGGUUUCAAUAGUUGAUAUUAUUAUACCACAGUGACUUCAAUAGUUGAUAUUAUUAUACCACAGUGACUUUAAUAGUUGAUAUUAUUAUACCACAGUGGUUUCAAUAGUUGAUAUUAUUAUACCACAGUGGUUUCAAUAGUUGAUAUUAUUAUACCACAGUGGUUUCAAUAGUUGAUAUACCACAGUUUAUACCACAGUGGCAUGCAGAGGUUUGAUGAUUCCAGGGGCGAGCGCCUUGAUUAUAUGCCCCUCGAGUCUCAAGUAAAGCAUCAAGCAAUACUGAGAAUUGGGAGAAAUAAAGACAUUUAUUUAUGUCAACACACAUGAAAUAAACUUUUUAUUUGAAUUAAGUAGGGAUAUCAGUUAACAUCAGUAAUUAAAUUGGAUGCCCCCUGAAAUGGUUGCUCUGCUUUGCAUGCCACUGUUAUACUACUCUUUGAUUCAAUGCCCCCUGAAAUGGUUGCCCGGGGAUACCCUCCGUUCUGCUCACCCAUCGUUAUACCAAGUUAUGUUAAGUGCCUUAUUUUAAAAUAUAUUAACAAACUUCAAAUGUAUAAAAAAUACCAAACAAAUUGUUUGAAGACCACAAUCGCCACAAAAUUUAUUAUGUUAUGCUAUUAGUCGAUAGUAUUGUGAUUAAUAAAUCAGCACUUCUCUACAAAAUUUUUAAAAACCCAUGUGAUUUAUUUGUCCGAUAUUAAUAUUGCUGAUCGCCAUCGGAUAAUACUUCUAGACAUACACUCUAAAGAUGCAUUAUGUAAGAGCUAAAUCUGUCUAUUGCAGGGGGGUUGGAUGUCCAACCUCGUGGGUUUUCUCCUCGUCCUCCGGUUUCCUUCCACUGCUAAAGACCCCUACGCGCAAGUGAAUUAUGUAAAUAAAAUUAAACCAUAUGUUAGUCCCGAAAUGACCUAGUAUGUGUUGAGUGGACGUUAAACCCCAUUUCUCUCUCUCUCUUUUAUCUAAAUCUUACGUAAUGCAUCUUGAAUUAACAUUAAACUUUGAUUAUUUAACGUUUAAUCAAGAAAACAAAGUUCUAAAUAUAUGAAGAUCACCUCCUGGUUUGGAUUAUAACAAUAUGUAUGGAAAGGGCUACUCUAAGUUUUUGAAACUUGUGCUUGAUCUUUCUGAUAUCUGUCAAUAAAAAAUGUUUAAACUAAUCGUUCCUUGCAUAAUACAAAAGCAAUCGAAAAUGAAAUGGGGUUUAACGUCCUACUGUUCUGCUCUGACUGGGCUAAAGAGGACCAUCAAAAGAUUUCAGCGAAAAUGAAUAGGUGGCACUGCCUUGUGUUGAUCAUAUCCUAUAUGUUGUCUGUGGAUGCUGGGAGAUCACGUGGGUAAGACGCUGGCUCGCUAGCCUGGAGGUCGGGUGUUCGAUCCCUGCAUUGGCCGAGAAAGUUCAUCCAGAUUUUCUGGCGUGGUUUCCCCUUGUCAGUGAUGCAGGACGGAGGGCCUGACAAAGACAGCUGUCUAGUCGUUCGGAUGGGAUGGAAAACCGAGGUCCCGUGUACACAUUGGCGUGCACGUAAAAGAUCCCUUGACAGUUGGAAUUCGAUAUAAGAGUAGGCUGUAGUGCUGCUGUCCGGGCAAAAUUUCCCUCAUAGCACACUGUAUGGCGUAUGCCCGUCUUCAUUAGCCCAGUUCGGAGCAAAACAGUAGAACGUUAAACCCCAUUUCAUUUCAUUUCUGUGGAUGCUGAUUGUUGUGAAAUUUUUAAUUCAUCAUAUCUUUGUAAAUACUGAACGGAAACAAACCAUUCUUGGAACGAUAUUUUUUUGCUAUAUGAAGAAUCCAGGGGAAGAACGAUCUAAGUCACAUUUUUGUCUUUCCGCAUAAAACGUUGAAACCUUAUAGACGAGAAUGCUUAACACAACUGGCAGGCAAUUACAGAAAGCCCUGGUUCGAUUUAACGCCACAUGAUUUUACCUGAUAUUGAUUGUUCCACAGAAAGCUUAUACAAUUUGCUACCAGAUGGCGCCAUUAACUGGGUUUUUGGAAAAAGUGACUUAGGUCGUUCUUCCCCUGGGCUCUUCAUAUAUUUUAUUUCCCACAAUCUUGUACGACACGCAAUUGGCUCAUAGAUUACAUGCUGGAUUAAAAGAUUAUCCAAUAUAACACCUGUAUAAUAUCUAUUAUAUCUAUUCAAUAGUAACUUAAUGUGGAAUAAACUUUAUUUGAAUAUCGUUUUGUAUAAUAUUCAUAACUUUAUUAUAUUCUCUGUGCUUUAGUAUGGGUUUAUAUAUUCUAGUAUUACAAGUUAAAACUGUUUUCUGUAUUCAAACUUACUGGUAUAUAAAAAAUAACAAUUAUUUCCACAACAAAAGAUAAUUCGGGUCAAAUAAAACUUUUCCAUUUGUAGAUCGUAAGACGGAACUUAUUGUUAGACUAAAUAAAUCUUAAACAUUUUGAACAAUUAAAUGGUCGUAUUUAGAAAUCGUAGAUCAAAUAUAAAAAGAUUCUAUUUCUAGAUCUAUAUAACUAUUUUACAGUAGGUAGUUUGUGAAUUAUUAAUAUUCUUAUAUUCUAGAACAUGAAACAGAUAAUUGGUUUUAACAAAAGAACUUUCCCCCGUGAAUAAGUGUACUAGAUUUGGUGAAGCAUUAAAUGUGUAUUAUAACAGUAAACUGUGUAAAUAGGUCUAUAAUAAUACGCCACAUAAACCAGUUCUUAAAGUCUCUCUGAAUUUUAUCUGGUUUUUAAAUGUUUAUUUUAUAUUUCAACUGUGAAAUGGGUUAAACCGGUAAACUGUAUAAAUACCACUUGGAAUAAAUUGUGUCUCUACGUAUUUAAAUUAUACUAUAAUAUAUUGAUUCACUAGAUUCAACUAUCACAAUAUUGCCCGUCUUCAUUAGCUCAGUAUAGGAGCAGUAGGAUGUUAAACCCCAUUUCAUCACAAUAUUGUUGUUUCCAUCAAAUGAUGAUUACAAUUAUAUUGAAUUCCAACUGCCAAGGGUUCUUUUACAUAUAUGCCACUGUGUACAGAGGACCUUGGUUUUUCUUCCCAUCCAAACAACUAUACAUUAUCUCUUGCCAGGGGGGGUUGGAUGGCUGAAUGGUUAGCGUGCGUGCGCUGUAUCAUAAAGUCUGUCACUGAGUCAGUUGGCGUGGUUUCGAAUCCCCGGUUGUACGUGACAAGGAGUAGGGUCGCCUGUCCAACCUUGUGGGUUUUCUCCGGGUCCUCCGGUUUCCUCCCACUGCUAAAGACCCCUAUGCGCAAGCGAAUUAUUGAAAUAAAGUUAAACCAUGUUAGUCCCGAAAUGACCUAGUUUGUGUCAAGUGGACGUUAAACCCCAUCUCUCUCUCUCACUGUGUACAGAGGACCUUGGUUUUUCUUCCCAUCCAAACAACUAUACGUUGUCUCUUGCGAGGGCCCCCGUCCUGCACCACUGACAAGGGCGAACCACGUCGGAAAAUCCUGAUGAACUUUUUCAACACUGAGAUCGAACAAGAACCGCCAGAUUAACAAAGCUGAUGUCUUACACACCACUGUCUUACUCACUGAGCCACUGUGGCUCCAUGAUGUUUCCAGGAGAUUAACAAUUUAUCAAAUGACGGAUUGGAGACUUUAUCCUAGAUGAGGGGGGUUGGAUGGCUGCAUGCUUUAUCAUUAAGUCUGUCAUUGAGUCAACUGGCGGGGUUUCGAUUCCCCGGUUGUACAUGACAAGGAGUAGGCAUGCCUGUCCAACCUCAUGGGUUUUCUCUGUGUCCUCUGGUUUCCUCACACUGCUAAAGACCCAUACUGCUAAAGACCCAUACGCGCAAGCGAAUUAUUGAAUAAAAUCAAACCAUACGUUAGUCCCAAAAUGACCUUGUUUGUGUUGAGUGGACAUUAAACCCCAAUUCUCUCUCUCUCUCUCUCUCUCUCUCUCUCUCUCUCUCACUCUCUCUUUAUCCUAGAUGAUCAUUCGAUUUAUUUCUAAUCUAUAUUUAGCAUUAUUGUUUAUUGAACAAUGUCAAAUUGCCAAAUAUUUACCAGGGUCAAUCUUCAGUUUACUUCUAAUAUAUAUUAAGCAUUAUAUUUUUAAUAACACUGUCAAAUAAUAUGAUUUGUCUAUAAAAAUAUAUUUAUUUUCUA